AUGGCCUUCCUACACCAGCUGAGACUCCUUCUCUGGAAGAACGGACUGGCAGUCAUCAGACAGCCGUUAUGGUCCCUGACUCUCAUCAUCUGGCCUCUGGUCAUCUUCAUCAUCAUCGCUGUGACCCGACACCAGUUCCCCCCCAUAGUAAAGCCACCAUGUUAUGUCGGACCCAGAAACCUCCCCAGCACGGGCUUCUUCCCUUUCCUGCAGACCCUCAUGUGUAACACGGACAGCCACUGCCACAACACGUCACGCCUCGUGGACCCCGCCGCAACGAGGUCAAGUCGGACGACCUCCAGACAAAGGUUGUCAGCAGCUAAACUGUUUCAAGGAGAAGAAAUCCUGAACUUUCCAUUAGCUGCUGGACAAAGAGGGGCUCCUGGAGCUCUGCUGGGGUUUCUGGAAAACAUAACGGGUUUGCAUCAAGGAGGAAGACACCAUAACGCCUCUUUUAUCACCUUCAACACGACUCUUCUGGAAGAUAAUGAAACCUUACAUGCGAUGCUGGAGUCUGUGAACAUGCUGAAGCAAGCCAUCUGCCCAAUGAUGCUCCCAAAGAUCAACAACAACCAGACCACCAGACCGCUGUCGUUCGCUGUGGUCACUUUCUGCACGACCAACGAAACCAUGCUCGAAGUCUCGCUCAACACGCUCAACCAGGUCCUCAUCGAGAUGAUGCUGACUAGACCAGACGAGUUAGCUACCCUUGCUGGGAUGGCCGUUGUGGUGUUCGAUCAGCUCCAGAAUCAGACGUCGCUGUGGGAAAGCCUUCUGGCGAUUCCUCAGCUCUUCCAUUCUGGUUCUGUUGAUGAAGUUCUGGACAACGCUGAGAACCUUCUCACCAAUUUGCAGAGCACCCUGACAGCCAUCCAGAGCAAAUUCCCAGAAACAGAGGCUCCACUGUCAGCCAUCAGUCCGAUAUUUGCUAUCAGCCUCUCUGUGAUCGACUACGCUCAGGACUGGCCUGGCAGAGGUGUGUCUAUUCCCCUGGGAGAGCUCGUCAAGGUGGAGGAGGACUUUCUCAGUGAGAUGGUGCAGAAGGUUCUGUAUGGAGUCCACAUACCACUGGAUAAGGUCAUUGCCCUGACCCUGGACCCAGACACGCUGAAUAGGUACGUGUGCAACAACAGCAAUAACCCUUUGUGGCUAACAGCGGCGUGCAGCACUGGCACCGUACGGAUGCUUUUUGACUGGGUUGACUCUGACAAGGCAGCUAAACAGAGUCUUCUGGCCUGGAGUAAGCAUGUCGCUCCACGUGACUUGUCCUUUGCCAAAUGGUUGCUGAACACUCUGAUGGGAGAGUUUUCCCCAGGAGUACCAGAAGGCCCCCACACCCCCAGGACCCGGCGUAGCGUAGAGACGCAACCUCAGAAUAUUGACGAGGAGCUAUUUUUGUGGGUUGGAGAGGUGGUGCUGGAGAUCCUGCACAUGAUACCUGAGGCGGAUAAGGUCGUCCAGAGCAUGCUCAGAUCCGGCUUUCAGUCCAUGGAGAUAGCCAAACUGAGCCUUGAAACACUGGGAGGAAUAAUGGACAGUGUUUUGAAAGAUGCCAGCCAUCUCAAACAAACAUACCAAAUGUUGGUGACAGACUCGUCUAAAGCAAGUGUGUGGAUCAGUGAUGUCCUCGACAGUGGGAUGGAAGCAAUCCUCAUGAUCGUAGCAUCUGAGGAAGCUACGUGUGAGGAUGUCUUGAGUCCCUUCGAGUGGCUCUUAAACUCUGAGACCAUAACGAUGGAGGUGUUGAGGUCAGCGAUCUGCCGGUCUGACGCUGACCUGCAGCAGGCGUUACUGAUGGGUCUGAUGCCGCUCAUUGAAUCAGCACAAGACUUUAACAGCACCAUCAUGGGCCAAACAGACUCCAACGUCACUCUCCCCAUGAUUCUGUCUGAGUGGCAGAGGUUGUACAACAUCAGUCAGCAGCUCUUACUGUCAGUGGACAGACUGGCCAUGGAGCUGGGUGGAGCAUACUGGAUGAACUGGAUGCCAGACAACUGCACCCAUGAUGCGACUGGGACACUUCAACAAAGUGUCUUCUUGUUCAUGGUGAAGUUGGGAGGAAGGCUUGAAAGGAGUGAACUGUGGCGUGUGGUGAAGAACUAUUUCCACAUGGCUGACUGGGUCCUGAACUACCAGCCUGGUGUUUCUACUCCCCUUAACUGCUCUGUGGACGUCUAUACCGCUGAUGUUUGCUGUCACAUCGAAAAGCCUUUCAACUGGUCCCAGUUUCUCACAUCAGUGACUCACACUCUGGUGUAUCUGGACCAACAUGUCCUUGUGAAUUCCCUCAAAGGAACUGUGAAUCUUCUGCAGCAUGUGUACAGUGACGCCUUAAACUCCAUGGUUGGAUCGUUUUUGGAACAUAAUAUCCAUGGCGGUGAAGCUCUGACUCACUUCCUGAUUAACAUGGUGCAUAAUCUACAAGACGUUGUUGAGAAAAUCUCCAUGCUUCCUGAUGAAAACAUCACAAACCCUAACCAUGUGGGCGCCCUUGUCAGUAACUUGUUCCAGUCCAGUGGUCUGUCACCUCUGCUGCCCCUUCUCUUUGGGGAUGGUCCCGUCAAUGUCUCCACAGUCCUCCAUGUUGCCACCGAGCUUAUCAAACAAAACCAGCUCAUCGUUACCUUCAAUGAGACGGAUCCAACAAUGCCAGAAGUGGAGCAAUUGAUAAAGCAGUUCCUGUCCUUGGAAGGUAACCUCACCAUGUCCCUCUCCAACUUCAUGGGACAUUCUCUGAUUACCUAUGUAAGCUACCUCCACCCUGACCAUGUGGCGCAGAUCAUGGAGUUAAUCCAACCUUUCACCAAGCAGACCUCAGCAGGCAUUGUCCAGGCCAUCAUCAGAGCCAUGGAGCUUCUACAGACAGUGACAGAUGCUCCAGACGGUGACCCAACAAACAUCAUUCUGGGGUACAUCCACCAGCUUCAAGACUUUGCAGUGUCUCUGUUUAGACUGAGAAGAGUCCAAAAAUACAUGUUACCAAACGGGGAGCUGAGCGCAUCACAAAUCACUGACCUGCAUAUCCUUACCAAGGAGUUUGUAGACCUCCUCUCCCCUGAGGGCCUUCAGCGUCUGAUAAGUGCCGGACCAGAUGCUGCACAGAACAUGGUUGCACAGAAGCUUAUAGACUUCCUACCAACAGAGGCCCAGCAGGAGGCGGCCCGCCUUCUCCAGGAUUUUAGGAUUCUUCAGCAUUAUGUUGCCAAAUUAGCAGCAGGCCAAGACUGUUUGAAGGGAAUCUCAGAAAUCUUCACAUUCCUGAAUCAGAUACUUGACAUUCUGCUUACAGCCAAUGGAAAUGUUGCCAUCAAAAUAGCAGUGCCCAACUUUCUCCAUAUGGACCAGCAAUAUGAAGAAAUCGCAUGCAUUAUGUUCCCCCUCCUUCUACCCCCGAAUGAAGCUGGCUAUUUGAAGACAUUCAAACAGGCCAUUCAUUUUGUCAAACUGAUCAUGGCUACACCAAAUAUUACUGUCUCUGGUGUCCACAAUGCCCUGCAGCAGUCAAACCUUACUCUUGAGGAGCUGAAGAAUCUGACUUCACUUUUUGGAGCUGUCGACACUGAUGACCUGAUGGCAAGAUUAAUGGAUGUUAUCAACUCUCAAAAGUGCUUUGAGCCUCAACACAGCCAGAUGGUGACGGCCCAGUGUGUUCUGGGAUUGGUCAACGGGGUCACACGUUUCCUAACACAACUGCCCGGUCUCCAGAAUGAGACAGCCAUCCUCAAUCUGAUCCCUCUAAUUGUCAACAACACCAUCAAGGAUGUCGGCCAUGUUGACUUCACCAACCCUAAUGCAGCUGUCAUACAGACCCUCAACAGAACCCUGGCCAAUGUCAAGAUGGGCCUCCAAGUUAAGCAGCUCUACACUCCUGAAAUUAUGAAAGAAAUCAGGGUUCUGGAAGGUCUGAUACACCUUGCUGCUGACCCAGAACCAUUUGAUGACAUAUUUAACAGCACAAUGACUGAAAAUCCAAUGUAUGCUCAGAAAAUGUAUCUGGAAAUGUUAGACUGGUACUUGAAGAAACUGGAAAAUGUCAUCAGCCACAGCUCUCUCUCUGAUCUCCUCCAUCCAUUCUUCAAACUCACACAAAUGCAACAAGUGAGCCUGCAGCUAGCACAGACAGAAUUCACCUUGUUUGUGAGCAACCAGAUUGAGCAACUGAUGGGAAACAUCCAGCACCCAAUCAAUGGUACCACAGUGAGCAAAAUUGGCAAUUUGGCAGUGGAAAUGUUCCAGCGUCUGUUUCAGCUGAUAAAGGGAGACCUGGAGCUUCAGAGCAGCAUCCCUGGCUUAGAGCCGUUUCUCAACACAACCAUUCUGAAUGCAGUUGAGCUUCAAAUUAAGCAAAACCUGGACAUGAUACAGAAGUGGAUGAACCAACCUGCAGUUUCAUUGAUCCUGGCUAAUAUGCUCCAGUGGGGAGACCCCUACAUCAAUGUGUCCUCCCCUUUCACAGACCUCCACCACCUUGUACAGACCAUGUUUCCUCUCUUCAAUGCUGAACAGCUGACCUACCUCUCCAUUAUCAGGAAUAUCACCCAUUCCCUGAGCAAUGCCCUACAGGCGUCAGAGCAGCCGCAUGGCAUUAACGGUGACCAAUUUACUGCCGCCAUCAUGGAAGCAGUUCAGAAUUUUAUAAAGAUAGUGACUGCGGCCACCCAGUUCCCUCUCCCUCCCCACCUGGAGCAGAACAUUCUGGAUAUUGUGAAUAACUCACUGAAGCUCAUCUUCCAGCAAGACAUGAAUUAUGACUCCUCACGGAUCGCCUCCAUCCACAUUCUCGAGGGUGUGGAGAGCCUCAUCCAACAGAUAUUACCAGACAUUUCUGAAUACCUGCUUCCUGGAAUCAAAAUAGUGACCACGUACUUUGAGAGCAGCCUGGUAGCCAGUGGACCAGAAAACUGGAAUCAGCUAAUCCUGAAUGAGAUGAUUACAGUCCAGAGCCUCCUGCCACUAGACAGCCCAGCCCAGGUCUACGUUUCCACCCUCAUCAACAUCACUCACUUCAUCCUGGAGUCUGGACGAGGCAACAUGAGUCUCUGGGCUUUGUUUGAGAGUGCAUCAGCUGACAGUAUCCCCAUGAUUAUUGGAAAGAUGGGAAAACUCCUGGGCAUGCUUUGGCCAAUCAUCACGGGACACCCAGGCCCAUCUCUCCAGGACUUUGCACAUCUGGCCCCAAUCCUGGAGCAGGUGAUGACUGGGAUGGCAGGACAAGACACGUGGGACAAACUUGAAAACAUUUUGGAAGCCCUGCUGUCAUUCUUGAAAGGAACAGAGCUGUGGGACACGGUCUCAUCUUUAGUUCCCCUGUUUGAGAAAAUCAUAGAAAAUUUGGUGAAAAACAUGCAAGCAGAAAAUGUGAUGGUCCUUAGUCUUCAGGGGCCCAUGGUGACACUGAUGACAGAAAUAGUUCACACUGUGAACAGCAGUCACUGUAACCUGACUGAGGUGUCGGAAAGAAUGCAGGCUGCCAUUGAACACACGGUGCAGGCAGCUCAGCAGGCUAAUGGCACAUUGGAGUGCAGUGCAGUUCUCAAAGUAUGGGAUCCUGUAAGGGAGGCAGCGGGGUUAAGCCACCAAGCCAUGGCUGUGUGGUGCACUAUCGCUGUGCAGCCUGUUUUGGAGGCCUAUUAUGAAUCCCCGGUGGUCUACAGCAACCUGAAUAUGAGCCACAUGAAUAUGGGACCGAUGACAGUGGACGCCACAGCUGAGAGGAUUGUCAAGACUUUACAGUCCAUCUACCAAGUCAGCUUGAACCGUUCAUACGUGGCACAGGAUUUAAUCAUGGCUUUCUCCAGCCACCUCUCUAUGCUGACAGGACGGCCUCUGAGCGCCGAGGCACAGCUCCACUGGCUCAAACAGCUCCAGAAAAUGCAGAUGCUGAACAGCCUGUCCUCACUGAGAAUGCUGACUGACAGGCUCCUAAUGGCGGCUCCAUCCCUCCAGCCUUACAUAGAAGCUGUAGAGAAAGCGGCUCACUACGUCCUUUCUAACUACCAUGAAAUUCAAGACAGUGGCUCAUCAGAGGACGUCUUUGAAGAAGCAGUCAUGAUCUUCCUUUACACUGCAAACAUUACAUCAGACAACAUCUUCUCCAUGAUGAAGGGGAACCACUCUCUGAUUGAUGAAGCUACUCUGACCAACAUGACGAGGCAAGCUGCCAGACAUCUGAUGAAGAUGUUUGAGGAGGUGCCCAUGGCGUUCCACGGCUUGGAGCAUUUCCUGGAAUCCAUUGACUUGAACUUAGUGAUGGAGAAGUUGGCUGAGAUGGUUGCAUGGUUGGCUUCCACCGAAGCAUAUGCAAUGGAUCUGCUGGCUCAGACACUACCUGAACUCUACCACAUCCUCAGACCUCUCACGUCUGCUUUCUAUAAAGUGUGCAUGGACGUUCAAAAACACAUGGAGCUUUUUGAAGACUUUGCUGAUAACCUUGUAGAAAUGGUGAAGCAGUUUGUGAGCACUGGUGGUCAUCUGGGCCCAGAGAACUACCAUCACGGCAUGUACGGACAGGAAAUGAGCCUCCGUAAUCAUACGAAGGGGGUCAGACACAAACGUGACGCUCCAUGGAUGCCAGUGAUGAGCCCCAUGAAUGACUUAAUAGAUUUUCUCCAGAUUGACUACCACAGCAUGUUCAAAUCCCUCUCUGACAGACCAACCCCUGAGGAAAUAAUGGGAACAGCCCAUUCAGUGUUUGCAAAUCCUGACCUUAACAUUGUGGUGAAGGGAGUAACCAGUGACAUGCGGUGGUUCUUGAACGCCUCAAGGGAAGACACCAUAGAUGCUGCUGUGGAGAUGCUCUCCUUCUUCACUCUCCCCAGAGUGUUUGACAUGUCAGCAGUAGAAAUCCUGCAGCGUGCCGCCGAUAUGCUUCCCGAUGGCUUCCCAUUCGCCAUGAUGAUUAAGCAGAUCAGCUCAACGCUCGCCAGUGAAAGUCAAGAGAACCUGAGCCUCAUGGAAAAUACUUUAGAAACAGCUGCUGAGCUCUUCCAGAUCAACAUGUCAGACCCCAGAUUUAAGAAGAAACUGGACCAGCUGUCUGCCCAGCUGUGCGCCGUGGAGAAAACAGACUCUGUGCACCUGCUGAUGUCAGACGUAAAGCCUGGUUUCCUGUGUUUCACCCUGAUGCCCUCCGUUCAGUUCAUCCUGAAGAGUCUGACCAUGAACUCAAGCGCCGUGAUGGAAACCAUGUUUGAGACCAUCAUCGGGGAUCCCCGCGACUAUGAUGUCAAUUCCAACUGGACAUCCAUGCUGAGCCAAGGUUUGAGCUUUAACAUCAGCAGCCUGAACUCUCUGGACAUUGACGUCAGCCCUCAAGCGGUAACGGUGGGCGAGAUGCUGAGGGAUGAAGCAGCUUUCAUCCAGGAUGUUCAGCAGCACAUGGAUUUUGACCCCGCUGCUCUCAGGCUCCUGAUGGACACACCUCUACCAGACAGCAACUUAAUGAUCCUCACCUGGUUGGUCAGCCUGCGUCACUGCAACUCCAAAUCACUUGCAGAAAUGGAGGAGAAAGAUGCGAUGAUCUACAACAGCUUCUGCCCCAUGUCUGUGGAUAACUGGUACAGCUUCUCACUGCUGAUGGCCCGCCAUCUCCACACGGAGAAACUCAUCUACAAAAUGGUGUUGUCUGAGGAACUGCAGAGCAUGGUGGGAGUCAUGCUUCAGGUUGUUGAACUCAUCGACAGAAUGGCCCGGACCAUUCUUCCUGCCAUCAGUCAGCUGCAGAGCCAUCUCGGUGCCAUCGAAGACCUCGACCUGAUAGCAAACGAUGAAUUCCACCAAAUGUCAAGAGGACUAAGGUCCAACAUGUCGACCAAAGCUACGUUUGUCACCCUGUCCCGGGCGCUGUGCAGUAACGGCAUCCUGGCUCUGUUUGGAAUCUCUAAACUCCCUCUGAUGGCAGACGACUCGAGCCCAUCCUCGCCAUUUGAUCAGAAGAGAGAGGACAUGAUCAAGAGGUUCAAAAUUCCAAGAGACGCCUCUCCUUUCUGCAUGAACAUGUACUUGGACAUGGUGAACACCACUGGAGGAGCCAUUGCCUGGGCUUUCCUUAAACCGAUGCUGAUGGGACAGAUUCUGUUUACCCCUGACACACCUGUGACCCGGGACAUCAUGAAGAAGUCCAACGCCACCUUGGAGGAGCUGGCAAACCUGAGGAAGCACUCCAGGGAAUGGCUCGAUUCUUCCCACUACAUCCUAAAGUCUGCAGAAAUACUCAGCUACACUUUGCCGAUGCUGCAGAAUUCCCUGGGCAAUUCCUUUGUGAAGAAUUUCAUUGAGAUGCAGACAGACAUCAAUGUCGACACAAUGAAGGAGACGCUCAGCAACUUCUCAAAUAUGACGCUCCUGCUGGAGAAGAACAAACAGAUCCUGACCCAGAUCACCACCUUGUCCACCCUGAUGGUAAACUUGUCCUCCUGCAUCAAGUUUGACCGUUACCGUGGCUACAACUCAGCUGAGCAGCUGGACGCUGACGCACAGGAGCUCGCCAAAAACCGCGAUCUUUAUGCAAGUGUCAUUUUCAAGCUUCCCAAAGACAGCAACUCAUCCAGGAAGCGCAGAGAGGCCACAUCCUCCUUGCCUCCUAAAGUCAGCUACACCAUCCGCAUGCAUAUGGACAACGUCAUGCGAACCGACAGAGUCAGAAACCCUUUCUUCAUCAGGGCCACGCAUAUAUCAGCGAGGAUGACGAUGCGCUACAACCGGGGCUUUGUCUACAUGCAGGAGAACAUCGACAGGGCCAUCAUUGCAGCCCAUGCUGGACAGACGGUGGCAGAACCAGCCGUCCAGCUACAGCCCUUCCCCUAUCCCUGCCACCACCGGGAUGAGUACCUGGAGUCCAUCUCUUACGUCUUCCCGCUGAUGCUGAUGUUAGCCUGGGUGCUGUUUGUGGCAGAUUUUGUGAAGAGACUGGUGUAUGAGAGGGAGCUGAGGCUGCAUGAGUACAUGAAGAUGAUGGGAGUCAACCCGCUCAGCCACUUCUUUGCCUGGUUCAUUGAAUGUGCCCUCUACCUGUUUCUGACCAUCUUCAUCCUCACACUGGUGCUGAAGUACGGCAGCAUCCUGCCCAACAGUGAUGGCUUCCUCCUCUUCUUGUACCUCUGCAACUAUGGCUUGAGCAUCCUGGCCUUCAGUUACCUCGUCAGCUCCAUCUUCGACAAGACGUUCAUCGCCGCCUUGAGCGGCAGUCUCCUGUACAUCCUCUUCUUCUUCCCCUUCAUCGUGGUCAUGGCGGUGGAGACAACUCUGACCUUCACCCAGAAGAGCAUCCUGAGUUUGUUUUCUCCAACCUGUUUCAGCUAUGCCAGCCAGUACAUCUCUCGCUAUGAAGCCCAAAGAGAAGGCAUUCAAUGGAGCAACAUUUACAAAUCACCCAUUGCUGGAGAUGAAGCUUCGUUUGGUUGGCUGUGCUGGUUGAUGCUGAUCGACUCCAUCCUCUACUUCCUCAUCGGAGCUUACAUCCGCAUGGUCUUGCCAGGAAAGUAUGGCAUCCCUGCCCCGUGGUACUUCCCCUUCAAAGCCUCCUUCUGGGCCGAACUGUGCUGCUGUGCCAAGUCAGACAAUAAGACAAGCAGAGGACUCCUCUUCACCAACAUCAUGCAGAAAAACCCGUCUGUUUUCUCCGACGACAAGGGAAAAGGCCAGAGCGCGCUGUCUUCUCAGGACGGCGAGGAUUUCUCACAUCUCCCAGUGGGUGUUACCCUCCACAGCCUCAGCAAGCUGUAUGGCGACCGAGUAGCCAUUCAGAACCUUAACGUGUCCUUCUACGAGGGCCACGUCACCUCCCUGCUCGGCCACAAUGGCGCUGGAAAGACCACCACCAUGUCUCUCCUCACCGGCCUUUUUGCACCAACAUCUGGAACCAUCGAGGUGUACGGCAGAGACAUGCAGACCCACACCGAUGAUGUUCGCAAAGAGCUGGGAGUGUGCAUGCAGUACGAUGUCCUCUUUGACCAUAUGACCACCAAAGAGCACCUGCUGCUGUACGGCCAGAUCAAGGCCCCCCAGUGGUCAAAAGGGGAACUGCGAGAGCAAAUCCGCACGAUCCUGGAGGAGACCGGCAUGUACGCUCACAGACACAAGCGGGUGGGCACCCUGUCGGGCGGCAUGAAGCGCAAGCUGUCAAUCUCCAUCGCCUUCAUAGGGGGCUCCCGCUUGGUGGUGCUGGAUGAACCCACCACAGGAGUUGAUCCCUGCUCCAGGCGCAGCAUCUGGGACAUUAUUAUCCAGUACAAGAAACAUCGCACCAUCAUCAUGUCUACGCACCACCUGGACGAGGCUGAAGUCCUGAGCGACCGCAUCACCUUCCUGGAGCGAGGAGGAUUAAAAUGCUGCGGAUCCCCCUUCCACCUGAAAGACAAGCUAGGACAGGGCUACAAGCUCACCCUCACAAAGAAGAUGCAGAACCAAGAAAAGCAGAUCGACAAUGCAGAGCUGAAAUCUUUCAUCCAAGCUCAUGUACCUGAAGCCAGACUUAAGGAGGCCCAGGGAGGUGACCUGGUGUACUCGCUGCCUCCCUUCAGCUCAUCCAACGCCUCCUCAUAUCGCUCCCUUCUGACCGCACUGGACUCCAACCUGGACGCCCUGCAGCUGGGGGGAUACGGUGUGUCUGACACCACCCUAGAGGAGGUCUUCCUCCAGUUAGCUCAAGAUGACAGAGAGCCUUGGGAUGACGACACCCUCCCGUCUGUCUCUGAGAAAGUUUCUGACACUGGAUCCAUGGACAGCUUCCCAUCAGACAGUGGAAGCAUCUCCAGCUUCAACGACAACAUCAAGCUCACUGGGUCGACCAUGGUGCGCGGCAUGGCGCUGGCCUGGCAGCAGCUGAUAGCCUUGCUGACAAAGAGGUUCCACCACUGCCGCAGAGACUGGAAAGGCCUGAUCUCCCAGAUUCUGCUCCCUGUCCUAUUCAUGAUGGCUGCUAUGGGCCUGGGCAGCAUCAAGAGCGACCUGCAGCACUAUCCUGAGCUGGAGCUCAGCCCGGCACUGUACAGAUAUGAACCCAGCUACUCCUUCUUCAGUAACUCCAAUCCCAACUCUGAGCAGCUGAUAGACACAAUGUUGUCAUCUCCUGGGAUCGAUAAUGAAUGCCUCAACAAUCCCAACAACCCGGUCUGCUCCAGAAACACAAGUCCCUGGAGAUCCAGCGGGAACAGCUCCAAAGCAUUUAGAAGCUGUAAAUGCACCCGCAAGGAACAGAUUUGUGAAAGUGACAACUACCAGCCCCCACACAGAGGGAUCCCUUCAUCUCAGAUCGUGUACAACCUGAGUGGCAUCAACGUGGAGAACUACCUGGUGUCAACAGCCAAUGACUUCAUCAGGAACAGAUAUGGUGGCUUUGCUUUUGGCAUGCCGCUGCCUCGGGACUUAAAAAUGGACAUACAAACUGUGCCCAAAAACCGUACUCUGUCGAAGGUCUGGUUCAACCCUGAGGGCCACCACACAAUGCCAGCAUACUUAAACAGCAUCAACAACUUCAUCCUACGUGCCAACCUCCCAGCAGACAAGGAUCCACGUAAAUAUGCCAUUUCAGUUUCCAGUCACCCCUAUUUCGGCCGGGCGGAUGAUGAAGAUACGAUUCUCCAAGGAAUGCUACAGAUCCUGGUGGCCAUGUGUGUGAUGACGGGUUAUUCCAUCACCACGGCCAGCUUCGUCAUCUACGUCGUCAGCGAGCACCACACGGGCUCCAAGAGGCUCCAGCACAUCGCCGGCAUCAGCGAGUCUUUCUACUGGGUUGUGAACUUCUGCUUUGACAUGGUCAUGUAUAUGAUCCCUGUAGCUCUGACUGUUGCCGUGGUUGCAGCCUUCCAGGUUCCAGCAUUCACAUAUCGGCAAAAUUUGGGUGCAGUCACUCUGCUUCUCGUGCUGUUUGGGUUUUCCACCUUCCCCUGGAUGUAUCUGCUAUCUGGUAUCUUCAAGGAUGCAGAGAUGGCCUUCAUUACCUAUGUGUGCAUCAACCUCUUCCUCAGCGUCAACACCAUCAUGUCCACCUCCAUCCUCUACUUCCUGAGUCAGUUAUCAACCAUUAACCCAGAGAUCGUCCUGGCCGUCUUCCACCGGAUGUGCAACGCCUUCCUCAUUUUCCCCCAGUUCACCUUCGGCCACGGGUUGAUGCAGCUGGCCAGGAAGAACGCAGAGGUCCAGCUCCUCAGCGGCUACGGGGUCGACGCCUAUAUAAACCCAUUCACCAUGGAAGGACUGGGCUGGCUGUUCAUCUCCUCCUUCAUCCAGGGUGUGGUCCUCUUCAGCCUGCGCCUCCUGCUCAACAAGUUCAUCGCACGCAAAGUCAGACGUCUCAUUUGUGGAAGAAAGACGGUGCCCUAUGUGUCUCAUGAGGAAGUGGACGAAGAUGUGGCGACUGAGCACCAACGGGUGGCGAGUGGAGCAGCAGGCUCAGACAUACUGCAGGUUAACCAGCUCACUAAGGUCUAUCAGAGCUUCAGCAAGAAGGUCCAAGCUGUGAAGAGGGUUUCUGUGGGCAUCCCUGCUGGAGAGUGCUUUGGUUUGCUGGGAGUAAACGGAGCAGGAAAAACCACCACCUUCAAGAUGCUGACUGGAGAUGUUAGCCCCACUGCUGGCACGGCUCAGAUCAGGGACCAGGAUGGGCGAUUGGUAGAUAUCAUGGCGUGCCGCAACCAGGGAAUUAACAUCGGCUACUGUCCCCAGGUAGACGCCCUGGACAAUCUGCUCACCGGAGAGGAGCAUUUGUACUUCUACGCUCGCAUCCGAGGCAUCUCAAAGAGGGAGAUAGACAGGGUGGUGAGGUACCUGCUGAAGAGGCUGGAGCUGAACUACCACAGAAACAUCACCACUGAAGGUUACAGCUGCGGCACACGCAGAAAGCUCUCCACAGCGCUGGCGCUUAUUGGGAAUCCUCAAAUCCUGCUCCUGGAUGAGCCGAGCUCUGGCAUGGACCCUCGCACCAAACGUCACCUGUGGAAGAUCAUCAGUGAGGAAGUGAAGGGGAAAUGUGCCGUCGUCCUCACCUCUCACAGCAUGGAGGAGUGCGAGGCUCUGUGCAGCCGUCUUGCCAUCAUGGUGAAAGGUCAGUUCCGUUGCCUGGGCUCCCUGCAGCACAUUAAGAACAGGUUCGGCAGCGGGUUCACUGUGAAGAUGUACUUGGCCGAGGCCUCCUGCGACGCAGAGGCAAUCACCGGCUUCAUGCAGCGCAGAUUCCCCAGCACUUACCUCAAGGACCAGCACUCCAACAUGGUGGAGUUUCACGUCCCAGUAGCUCCAGGGGGGGUGGCCGACAUCUUUGACCAGCUGGAGUCCAACAAGAGCGCUCUGCGGAUCAAACACUUCUCUGUGAGCCAGACCACGCUGGAUGAGGUCUUCAUCAACUUUGCCAUGGAAAACACAGACAACAUGGAAAACAUCUCAAUAAAUAAUGAAGACGGCUCUGACAGUGACAGCAUGAGCUCCAUCAGCGCUGCCGCAACGUAAAACGGACUAUUUCCUCUUCACCAUCCAACCAAACCAAG